UGUAGUGCCGUGCGAUCGCUGGACUGAAAGAACUACAUGUCCCUUCAAAGAUAACGGUAUAGUACGGCGAGAAACUUGACGCGUACAUAGACUUGUAGUUUAGUUAAACGGCUGAAUUCAUUAAAUCAAACGCCAGCGAUACCCUAAAAGAACUACAUGGACCAUAACUUAUUAUAUAGGUUGUUAUAUUCAUCGCUUUGGUCAAUGCGACAGAGCUAUCGCUGCCCUACACAGGUUGUUAAACUCUCCGAUAGAUUUAGUGAGUCAAAACAAACAACUUUGAUGGUAGAACUCGUACUGAAUAACAUGGAGAUAAUCGACAGCAUUGUUACAGAUGGUCUUGAGGUGGAGGGAAAGGUAUCUAACAUGGGUCAGAAUCUUGAGACUGACAAAACAAAAGCAGAGUUUGUGUGGACCCUGCAGGCCACGUGGCACCUGGUCCACAUCCGUCUGGAGAUGGACCAGCUCUUCGACCAGCCCGUCUGCAAGAAGAAGAAGCUGUGGGAGCUCGUGUCGGAGAAGAUCAACGCCAAGCUGAGCGAGAGCGCCGACUCGGAGGUCAGCGCCAAGGCCUACGAGUGCGACCUCAAAUGGCGCAACAUGCUGGCCACGUACCGCAAGAACGCCGAGCGCGCCCGCCGGCUGGGCGAGGGCAGCGUGCACUGGGAGUUCUUCAAGGCCAUGCACGAGGUGCUGGGGAAGAGCCGCGAGGAGGUGGAGGCCCAGCGCCGAGCCAGGCUCUGCGGCACCAAGCUGGGCAAGGCCAUCGCCAGCAAGAGGUUCACGCCCAUCCUGCCCACGCCGUCGGCCGGGGGCGGGUCACGCCCGCCGCAGGACGUCCUCCAGCUGUACAUGGAGCUGCAGGAGAGGAAGAUGAACAUGUGGGCCCAGCAGAAGGCCCUGGAGGAGAGGAAGAUCGAGGCCAUCAACAACCUGGCCCAGGCCAUCUCCAGCCUGGCUCAGAAGAACGGUGACCCGUUUGUGAAGGAGGGACCGUAGAUAUAACUUAAACUCGACGUCCCAGGAGAGCUCCAUCCCUGGUGGAUUCACCACUGUAUAUAAAGAGGGAACAGUCACCUGCCCAGCCUUCUCUAGAUUAGCUUCUCAACGAACUAUGAGUUGAGUAGCUUUCUAUGAGUAGCUGUUGGUUGGGGAUACCCCCACCCAUGUGUAGGCAACAACGUGGAAGACAAUGUCCCCAUGCACACAUGGAGGGGUUUGGGUGGAGGUCCGGACGUAGCGGGGAAAUCGACGUGGAGAUACUUUAGUGCCGGUCUGUACAGAAGUGUGAUAGCAUUUUUAACUGUAAAAAUGUGGAUAUUAUGAAGGGGUUCACUGGAUGAAUGCAAAGUGCUGCAGUAUUGUCCUUUAGAAGAUGGGGAGAAUUGUCCUCGUAGAGGUAAGUUGCGAUUUGAAAAUCGAAUUGAGUAUGCUAACAUCCAUGCGAAUAAAAAGGUACUUUGGGACUCAUGAAUUGCCAUUCUCUGACUGUGGUCAUUAUUUGUUAAAUUAUUUUAAUUUUUCAGUUGUAAUGUAAACUCCUUGUAUAUAAAGACAUGUUUUUUUGAAAUUC